AGAUGUCGUCACCGAGGGCUUGGGAGCAAAGCAGUGUUGGAUGCUUCUAGCAUUUUCCUUGCUUCCAGCUUCCUGAAGUGUCAUCAUCUUAUUUCAGUUGGUGGCAACUGAAUGCAAACCCACACAGCUGCAUAUUUCACACAGCUUUUCUGGCUCCAGGUGCAGCACUCACCCUGGAGGCAGGGGGAACAGGCUGGGUGUGACUCAGGAGAUGCCACUGUUGCCUUUGUUGAAUUUCAUUCCAUUUCUGCCUGCCCACCCCUGAAGCCUGCCCAAGUCUGGCUGAAUGGCAGCACAGACUCCUGGGGUGGCAGCCCCUCCACCCAGCUUGGUGCCAUCAGUAAACUUGCUGACAGUGCCACGAGAUUUGGGGUCAUUCAGCCUGGAGAAGAAAAGACUUCUAAGAGACCUUAUUGAAGCCUUCUAAUACUUGAAAGGGGCCUGUAAGAAUCAGAGAAUCACAGAAUCAGUCAAGGUUGGAAGGAACCACAAGGAUCAGCCAGUUCCACCCCCCUGCUGUGGGCAGGGACACCCUAACCUAGAUCAGGCUGGCCACAGCCUCGUCCAGCCUGGCUUUAAACAUCUCCCUGGGCAACCCAUUCCAGGCUCUCCCCACUCUCAUGCUGAACAGCUUCCUCCUCAAGUCCUCAGAAAGAUGGACUUUAUCAGAGCCUGUUGUGACAGGCCAAGAGGUGGUGACUUUAACAAAGGGGAGCUGUAGACUAAGUAGAAGGAAGAGAUUUUGAACCCUGAGCAGUGCUUGGGUAGUGUUUCCCUGCUUUAAGUACCUUUGGAGGCUGAAAGGAGUUUGUAGCUCGAAAGAAAACUGCAAAGGAGCAGACCCCCUUUAAUCUGCUGCAGGUGUAAAUAAUAGCAGAGGCAACGAGGCCUGCAGAAGCACCUGCAGGUUGUCUGGGGAGAGGUUGAUCUGCCAGCAGCAGUGCUCACAGCUGCAGGAGGGGCCCCUUGAUGAGGGCUGCCACGUGGGGGAAAGGAGCAGAGCCAAGCGCAGAAGCCUUGUGUGAGCUGCAAGGAAGGUUGGUGAAGUUGCUCUGCUCUGCCCUGUCCUGCCCAGCCUGCUGCGAGAAAGUUGGGAGCUCUGGAAACGUGAUUGUUUGGUGAGCAGAAAGGUGCCUUGGAGUGAGGCUGAACAUCAUUUGGAGCAUGACAGCAAUGGAUGGAAGCACCUUUGGAAAUGCAUCGAUGAUAGCUGGAGCUGCACUGCAUAAAUCUGAGAAACUCCUUGAAAGAACUCGUGCCAGGAGGGAGAACCUGCAGAAGAAAAUGGCUGAGCGACCCAAGAUGGGAGCGAGACCCACAAUGCAGACCAAGAGGGUCAGAGAGCCUUUGUUAGAGACUGGUAACCAGGCACCUCUUCCAGGGGAAGAAGGGAAACCUGGGACAAAGCCAUCGCCAUCAAAGAGGCUCUGCCCCAACAACAUGGAAACUCAGACUCCCAGUUCAGAGAACAUACAGCCACUUCCUUCAAGUUCCACAAGCCAUCGUUCUCCUGAGAAGACUUCAGAGCUGCACAUGGCUGCUUCUGACAAGUCUUCACUGGUUCAGCCUCUUGAGAAACGAAAGCCAAACGCAGAGUCAGGAACUCCUGCAGCCCUUUCAGUCAAAACACGAAUGCAGAAGCUGGCAGAGCAGCGGCGUUGCUGGGACAGCGAGGAUCCCUCUGAAUGUGCUGCUCUGUCUCCCCUCCAGUCAAAAGAUCUGUCUGUUUCUCCACCUAAGCAGACAUCUAAUGCCCUGGCAAAUGAUACCCCUAUUGGGAGAAGAGGCCGUUUAGCUAACCUUGCUGCUACAAUUGGUUCCUGGGAAGAUGACCUAAGUCAUCCAUCUGCAAAGCAAAACAAUGCACAAGAACAGCCUGGCACUACUUGUUUAUCCAAAUUGUCCACUACAAGUGGAGCAUCUGCUAGAAUCAAUAGUAGCAGUGUAAAGCAGGAAGCUGCAUCCUGUUCUCAAAGGCUUGUUGAGGCUUCUAUUAAUAAACCAGCAAACUCAAAGAUAGAGGAUCCAAACAGUCUUAGACAACCCUCAAGAGUCGCUGUUCCUUGUUCUAAAGACUCUGAAGUACGACAACUGCUCACACAGAAUCCCCGCAGCCCUCAAAGAGCUGAGAAGCUUACACAGGCAGCAAAACCACCUUUGCCUCAACCCCUUCAGUCCAAAGAAGAGCCAGUCAAAGGAACACAUGUACAACUUGAACCUAAGGGGAAACCCACAACACCAGGGGGAUCAGGAAUUAAGCCCUUCCUGGAACGCUUCGGGGAGCUCUGUAAAGAGCGUGGGGUACGGAGUCCUGCUGCCAAUACCGCGGGGUGCAGAACUCCCACUGUCACCCCAAACACGAGGACCAUCCAGGAGAGGCUGCUCAAACAGAAUGAACAUUCCUCUACUGCCAGUUUAGCCCUUCAGCUGAAGCAGGAGCGGGAACGAGAACUCGCCUGCCUUCGGGGCCGCUUUGACAGGGGCAAUCUGUGGAGUGGGGACAGAAGUGAGAGUUCCCAGAGAAAAAUUCCAGAAGCUAAAAUGGAAAGCCAACCUCAGACUAGUCCUAAACGUCCUCCUAGUUCAGAUGCCGCUGCUUUUGAAUCAGCAGAAGACACACCAGCAGGUGACAAGCCAGCAAAGUCUCCCAGCAUGGAGUCUUCAGACUUAGAUGCUCCUAAAUCUGAAGAAAGUGAUAAACCCAGUCCUGUGAAGAACACUGAGCCUAAGAGCCCUGUGAAAGCGAUGUCUGUCUCAAAACUUGACCAACUUGCUGAGAAACCAAAAGAUGGAGUGUGUGAAAUUGAAAUGAGUGUGGAUGAUGAGAUGAACAGCUCAAAAGUGAUCAAUGAGAUUUUUGAGAUCCUUGAAGAGGAUGGCCCAGACAUAGAAAAGCUGAAGAAAGAAAUGAGCAUGAGCCUGGAAGGUGAAAGUGAUGAGGAUGAGCAGGAGAAGUCGCUGAAUAUUUCGUCAAUGUCUCUGUUAACCCCUCUAGUGGAAUCUGUUGGCCCAGAGGCCUUUAUUUCUCCCUGUAAGUCAACUGGUGAAGGUAGCAGUAUCAGUGAUGUAAGCCUGAGCUCUGAGAAGUUCCAAAGGACCAAAGUGCCCAGGGCAGAAUCUGGAGACAGCAUUGGCUCUGUGUCAGAUGAUCGUAACCUUCCAUACAGUGUUGAUGCAUACAGAUCUCAGAGAUUUAAAGAAACUGACCGUCCUUCGAUCAAGCAGAUAAUUGUUCGCAGAGAAGAUGUUGCUUCCAAACUAGACGUGAAAAAGAAUGGCCCAGCUGAGCAAGUCAAUAUCAAAAAGAAAAUGCAGGAGCUGAAUAAUGAGAUCAACAUGCAGCAGACAGUGAUCCAUCAAGCCAGUCAAGCUCUGAACUGCUGUUUUGAUGAGGAGCAUGGAAAAGGGUCACAGGAAGAAGCAGAGGCAGAGAGACUACUUCUCCUUGCAACUGAGAAACGAACUGCUUUAUUGGAAGAACUGAAUAAACUGAAGAGUGAGGGACCUCAGAGUAAAAGGAAUAAAGCUCCUUCUACAUCCACCGAAUUUGCUCCAUCCAGGGGAUCUGUUUCCAUUUCAGAGAUGCGUCUACCUCUAAAAGCAGACUUUGUAUGUGGUACAGUUCACAAGCCAGAGGCAGCAAAUUACUACUAUGUGAUAAUACUGAGGUCUGGAGCAGAAAACAUGGUUGCAACUCCUUUAGCAAGCACUGCCAACUCCCUGAAUGGAGAUGCUCUUACUUUUACUACAACAUUUACUAUGCAUGAUGUGUCAAAUGACUUUGAAAUAAAUAUAGAAGUUUACAGUUUGGUACAGAGAAAAGAAACUACAAGCAGUGAUAAAAGGAAAAAGGCAAAUAAAUCCAAGGUCAUUACUCCAAAGAGACUGUUGACAUCUAUUACCUCUAAAAGCACCCUUCUUACUCCAGCCAUGGCCAGCCCUGGUGGCCCCAAUGCUGCUCGCACUACCAACUUCCUACUUGUUGGAUCUCACAAGCUGUCAUUGUCUUCUGUAGGGAAUACCAAAUUUGCACUGGACAAGAUAAAUUUUGAAGGGGAGGAAAAAGAACUCUUGGGCUAUAUGUUCCAGGACAAGGUUCCCUUUUUGUCCCCUCUGGAAGGUCAUAUAUAUCUCAAGUUAAAAUGUCAAGUCGACUCCUCUGUGGAGGAGAAAGGAUUCUUGACUAUGUUUGAAGAUGUCAGUGGAUUUGGAGCGUGGCACAGGCGCUGGUGUGUGCUGUCUGGAAAUUGUGUCUCUUACUGGACGUACCCAGAUGAUGAGAGACGAAAGCAUCCUUUGGGCCGUAUCAACCUGGCCAACUGCACCAAUCACCAGAUCGAGCCUGCCAACAGGGAGUUCUGUGCCCGCCCCAACACCUUCGAGCUGAUAACCGUGAGGCCUCAGAGGGAGGACGACAGGGAGACCCUUGUCAGCCAAUGCAGAGACACUCUCUGUGUCACAAAGAACUGGCUGUCUGCUGACACUAAAGAGGAACGCAACCUAUGGAUGCAAAAGCUCAACCAGGUCCUCGUGGACCUUCGGAUGUGGCAGCCUGAUGCUUGCUACAAACCUAUUGGAAAGCCUUAAACUCAGGAAGGCAGACACAAAGCAAAUCUGUAUGCAGAAACCUGCUUGAACUGCACACACACACACAAAAAGAAGGAAAAGAACCUCAGUGAGAAGUCCUUUUGGUCACUUAUGCUUUAAAUUUGGGAGAGUAUUUAACAGUAUAGAGGAUUAUUUUAUGCAGUGGUUUUUUUCCUUUCACUUCAAGAAUUUUAAACCUCUUUUUUGCCUUCCUAGCUUUUAAGUAAGGUAGGAAGCAAUUAACUCUUUCUAAACGUGCUAAAUAUUUAUGUUAACUCCUUUUGGGUUUGAUUUAUUUUUUGGAAGUCCUCCUUUAGCUAAGUACAGUUCUUGUUGGACAACUAAAUUAUUACAGGAAAAUCACACUUCCAGGGCAGGAAGAGGAGGCAGAAUGGGAAGAAAAGAGCAAAGCUUUCUAGAGAGCUCAGCUGCCUGACAGAAACAAGAGCUCAUAGGCACAAGAUUUGCUGUUGGAGGCUUUUGUAAUGAUCAGGCAUAGAAGCUACUGAUGGAAGCUACUCUGCAGCAUGCAGGGUAGGUGUUUUCUUGCUUGCACAGUGUCCUCAUGGUCAGAACAAAGGGACAUGCACAACAUUUUAGUGUUCCUUUUGUUACUUCUGGUAGAAACUGGUAUGGAGAAGUGCCUGGCACAUGGACUGUGAGAAAUUAUGUAUGGAGGAUGUUGCACCUGGGAGAGGAAAGGUCUGGAAUAGUUUUAGGACUCCUCUAUUUAAAAGGGCAACAAAACAGAAAGGAAACUUCAGUUUUAGAGUUGUAUGUGUCAGUAUUUCCUGGGACUUGUGGGUUGUACAAGGCAGAAUUCUCCAUUUGGGAAUCAGGACUAGGUUAAUAAGUGAAGUGUUUUGGUUUGGCCUUUUAUAAGACACUACAAAGCUGCUCUGUGCCAGCGAAUUCUCUGCUGGCUGGAAGUCUGGGCCUUGCUCCUCCUCAGACACAUCCAAUGCAGCUAAACCCCAGGAAUUCAGUCCUGUUGCUAAAAUGACAAAACCUGUCAGCUCAGACUUGCAGGUUCCAAAGCUUCUUUUUCCUCCUGCUGUCUCUUUCCCUCACUGCUGCACUGGCAAUAGUGGAAUGCUUCAACUUGCUGUUAUCCAUUCACACUCGGAACACUAAAUUCUGUUCAGCUUUUGUGCUGCUUUUAAUCCUGCCACUUUUUUGUACUUCCUUGGAACUCUAGUCUUCUUUUUUUAUCCUUUGCCUUCAAAUAUUUCCAAGCUAUGUAUUGAGAUUUUAUUUUAUUCAUUUAAAAGUAAAGAAUAAAAACACUUUAUGGAGGGGAAACAAAAAAAA